CGCGACGCGCACCGCCCACCUCCUCGUCCUCACCCGCGACGCGCCUAAGCAACCUCCUCCUCACCCCCGCUUCUCCGCACGCGUCAAACCCACCGCUCCGAACCCGCCUUGCCUCCUCACCUGCCCUGCUAGGCGGCCAUGGGCGCCUCCUCCAGCCGCCGCCGCCGGGAUGACUACUACCCGCCGCCUCCCCCUCCGCUGCACCACUACUCCUACCCGCCUCCGCCGCCGCACCACCACCACCACCCGCCGCCUUCCCAGCCGCCGCCGCCCCACCAUCCCCACCACCACGGGUCUCCCCCUCCGCCGCCGCCCCACGCGUCCUCGUACUACUAUCACCACCCGCCGCCCCCGCACGCAUACCACGGCCCCUGGCACCCCACCCCCAUGCCGCCGCCGCCGCAGCCGCUCGCGCUGACGGCCCACCCGCCCGAGUUCGUCGAGCACCAGCAGGCGCGGAAGGUGAAGAACGACGUCAACCUGCACAAGGACACCAUCAGGCUCGUGCCCGACGAAGCCGACCCCGACCGCCGCCUCGUCGCAUUCACCUUCGACGCAGUAACCGACGGCAGUGUGACUAUAUAUUACUUUGCCAAGGAAGGAAAAGACUGUAGUUUUUCUUCAGUAUAUCAAGAAUUACAGACACCAACGAAGAUAGCCUUCCAGAAAGGUUUGACCCAAAGGUUCAUCCAGCCCUCUGGAUCUGGUGUUGACUUGGGAUUCUUUUCUCUGGAUGAACUUUCGAAUCCUUCAGGGGAAGUAUUCCCACUUGUAGUUUAUGCUGAAGCUUAUCCAUCUCCAGAGGAAGGUGAUCAACCAGUAAAUUCCACUCGUGCACAAAUCACUCUUGCUGUUAUAGAGAAGCAUAGCAGUGAACUUCAAGUCAAAGUUGUCAAGCAAAUCUUGUGGAUUGAAGGAGUGAGGUAUGAACUACAAGAAAUUUUUGGAAUUGUCAACUCCACAGAAGCUGAUGUUCCCAAUGCCGAUGAUGAUGACACGGGGAAGGAAUGUGUCAUUUGCUUGACUGAGCCAAGGGACACUGCUGUUAUUCCUUGUAGGCAUUUGUGUAUGUGCAGUGAAUGUGCAAAAGCUCUAAGACUUCAGUCAAAUAAAUGCCCCAUGUGCAGACAGCCUGUUGAGAAACUAAUGGAGAUCAAAAUUAGAAGUCCUGAGCCAUAACGGAGACUUCGCUGGCGCCAGCACUAGCGGACGAAGUCAUAGACGGCACAGUUGGACAUUGUCUCAUCCCGUAGCAUUAAAUGCGGCGACGCACGACGGAUGAGACGUUAUCAGCAGCCCGAUUAGGCAAGUGGACGGGGUCGGUGUUGAAGGGCACUGUCUUAUCCUGUAGCAUUAAAUGUUGCGGGAUAGAACUUUGCAGGUCGGCACGGUGACACACGGCGGAUGGGACGUUGUCAGCAGCCCGACCAGGCAAGUGAACAGGGUCGGCAUAGGAAGGCACUAUCCUGUCCUGUAGCAUUAAAUGCUGCAGGAUAGAACUUUGCAGGCCGGCACGGUGGCGCAUAGCGGAUGGAAUAUCAUCAGCAUCCCGACUAGGCAAGUGGAUGAAGUCGGCACAAAAGGACCUUGUCCCGUCCCGUGGUAUUAAACGCACGACAACUAAACGCAUGGUGCCCUCAGAGCACGUGGGCACGCCCGGUCCUCCGUAAUGAUGGUUUGGAUUAGAUAUUAGGAUGAGCAGAUGCCUUUCUGUUUGGACUGACAUGUAAGUGCUCCUCCUCUCUACUAUAUAAAGGGAUGAGGGUCUCAUUCCUACGAGAGAGGCAGGGAACUAGAAAAAAACAUCAUCUGUAAUUAACUGAG